AUGGACGGUUAUAUUGGGUUCAUCAUUGCCAUGAACGGCACAAGAGCGGUGGUGCCCGCCGUGAACGGCACCAGAGCGGUGAUGCCUGCCGUGCAUGACCCCGGGGCGGUGAUGCCCGCCGUGAACGGCACCGAGGCGGUGAUGCCUGCCGUGAACGGCACCAGAGCGGUGGUGCCCGCCGUGGACGAUACCGGAGGUGCAGUGGACGACACCAGGGCGGUGAUGCCCGCCGUGAACGCCACCGAGGCGGUGAUGCCUGCCGUGAACGGCACCAGAACGGUGGUGCCCGCCGUGAACGCCACCGAGGCGAUGAUGCCUGCCGUGAACGGCACCACAGCGGUAGUGACCGCCGUGAAGCACCGGAGCGGUGGUGACCGCCGUGAACGGCACCAGAGCGGUGGUGCCCGCCGUGAACGGCAUAGGCAUAGGAGCGCUGGUGCCCGCCGUGCACGACACCGGGGCGGUGGUGCCCGCCGUGGUCGGCACCGUUGGUUUCACUGUAUGUAA